AACAUGACCUUCAGUAAAUAGUCUCUUAAACGGCCCCGAACAGAGCUGAGCUAGGGUCUGCUUUUGCUGCAGACCCCCGCAGGGUGGCUGGUUAGCUUUGUUUCAUGCUGGACACUAGAUGUCACCUGCAGAAGAAGAGAAGAGCUUACCUCUUCCAGGGAGAUGGCCCCGAGCCAGCAAAUUCGCUCUGUCGGCGUGUGCAGCCGCUGUGGCAGAACUAGUGACGUUUCCCCUGGACCUCACGAAAACUCGACUGCAGGUCCAAGGGGAAGCUGCUGUUCGUGGCAGCGGAGCUGGCGCUGGGCAGGCAGUCCCUUACCGUGGCAUGCUGUGCACUGCGGCUGGCAUCGUGCAAGAGGAGGGCUUAAUAAAGCUCUGGCAAGGAGCCACGCCAGCCAUCUACCGACACAUAGUGUACUCUGGUGUUCGGAUGGUCGCAUACGAACAUCUCCGUGACUCGGUGCUUGGCAGGCCUGAGGAUGGGAGCUUUCCUUUCUGGAAAGCUGUAGUUGGAGGCAUGUGUGCGGGUGCCAUCGGACAGUUUUUUGCCAGCCCAGCUGAUCUGGUGAAGGUGCAGAUGCAGAUGGAGGGAAGAAGGAAGUUGGAAGGAAAGCCGUUACGGUUUCGAGGAGUGCACCAUGCGUUUAUGAAGAUCCUGUCCGAAGGAGGAGUACGGGGGCUUUGGGCUGGAUGGGUGCCAAAUGUCCAGAGAGCUGCUCUGGUGAACAUGGGAGAUCUGACCACUUAUGACUCAGUGAAACACUUCUUGCUUCUGAACACGCCACUUGUGGACAAUAGUGUGACUCACAGUGUUGCCAGCUGCUGCUCUGGCCUGGUAGCCGCUGUCCUGGGAACUCCCGCUGAUGUGGUGAAAACCCGGGUAAUGAACCAGCCAAGAGAUAAGCAGGGAAGAGGUCUUCUGUAUAAGUCUUCCAUGGACUGCUUAAUUCAAACUGUACAGGGUGAAGGGUUUAUGUCUGUAUACAAAGGCUUUAUACCAACCUGGAUGCGAAUGGCUCCUUGGUCACUGGUAUUCUGGCUUACAUACGAACAAAUCAGAAGGAUCUGUGGAGUUACUUCUUUUUAAAAUCAUGAAAUCACUUCAAUAUUCACAAACAAAGAAGAAUCACAAAGCUGAAACAUUCCACAAGGCA